GUAAACUGUCAAGACACAAUACAUGCGACUAUUGCGCAAUCCCCCAACAACCUAUGAAAGAUAUUCUCCCACAACACAACGUACAAAGAACUCCACAAGAUAAUCAUGUCCCCGAUCCGAUAGUGGCGACUCUAUCGGGAUUUCUUACUAGACUUAGGCCUCACGGCCUCGGCUCUUAACUCGCGCAAUUGCGUCUUGCAAUGAGAACAUCCCUUGGCACCCCUGUCAAGACUGAACUCUGUGAUACAAGUACAGACGUCUUUUUCUUGGUUUCAAAGUGCUUUUGGUAUCAAACAUUUAGCCAACUUCGCCCAAGACACCAUGGGACGGCCCGACGAAGAGAUUCGCCCGAUUGGCAGCGACGAGAAAUCUGCGCGCAAUGAUUCGGAGGAACAGCUUGUGGCUAAGCCGAGGAGUUGGAAAAGCUUUGUUUGGGAUACUUGGGAGUUGCCGAAAGAGGAACGGUGGCUGUUGUUUAAGGUUGAUGGGUUUGUGUUGACCUUUGCUUCGAUCGGUUAUUUUUUGAAGAACCUCGACCAAACCAAUGUCAACAAUGCGUUUCUGAGUGGUAUGAAGGAGGACUUGAAUAUGUAUGGGAAUGAACUUGUAACAUCGACAUCGAUCUGGACUGUUGGAUAUGUAAUUGGUCAAAUCCCUUGCAAUCUGCUACUCACUCGACUCUCGCCACGUUGGGUCAUUCCGUCAUUGGAAGUUGGAUGGGGAAUCGCUACAAUCUGUACUUCACGAGUUCACAAUUACCAAGCACUUUACGCCCUGCGAUUCUUAGUUGGACUCUUCGAAUCUGGAUUUUACCCAGGCAUCCAUUACAUGCUUGGUUCUUGGUACACGCCACGAGAAAUCGGUAAACGCGCAAUGAUAUUUUGGCUAGCCGGAUCCAUCGGAAAUAUGUUCAGUGGUUUUCUGCAAGCAGCAGCAUACAAGAACUUGAAUGGUGUGCAUGGCCAUGAAGGUUGGAGAUGGCUCUUCAUCAUCGACGGCAUUAUUACAAUUCCUCUUGCUGCCAUGGGAUACCUCUUCUUCCCGAAUCUUCCGCAGGGUGGAAAGAAGACCUGGUGGACUACUCAAGCGGAGCAUGAACUGUCUGUUUCUCGAUUGAAGGCUGUGGGGCGUGCUGGAAAACAGCCUUGGACAAUGGCUAAGGUGAAGAAGAUUGCUCUGAGUUGGCACACAUGGACACUUCCAUUCCUCUACGUCUUGUGGAACAAUGCGUAUGCACAGCCGGCUAUGGGCUACUGGCUGAAAUCUUUCAACUCAAAGACGCACCCACCCGUUCCAGGCGUGACAUUUUCCGUUCCAGAAAUCAACAAUUUGCCUCUUGUCUCUACCGGAAUAUUUAUUGUGGCAGCUUUGGCUGUUGCAUGGCUUGAUGAUGGACCUUUUCGAGCUAGGCGAUAUCCCUUCAUUUAUGUGGGAGCUGUUCUCGGAAUCCUAUUUGGUGUUCUGUUACGCCAACUACCCCUGUAUUCGGACAUCACACAACGAAAAUUGGUGUACUGGUUUAGCAUGAUAGGGAAUGGGGCUGGUCCACUCAUCCUCAGUUGGAUUAAUGAGAUUUGUUCCGACGAUACCGAGAAAAGAGCUCUACUUGUAGCAGCAGGCAAUGAUUUUGCUUAUGUGGUGCAAGCAGUAGCCCCAAAUUUCGUUUGGAAAACAACCGAGUUCCCAGCAGCACGCAGGGGCUAUGUGUGGUCUAUAGUUCUCAAUGUUCUGUUGAUUUUCUGGACUGCUCUGAUCCAAAUUCUUCUCUGGAGAGACAAGAAAAAUGCCGCGAAGGUAGAAUCUGAUGGUUCUUUGGCAGAAAGUGAUUCUGUGAAGGCCCAGGGAAGUGUAAGCGACGAGAAGAAAGCUGUCCGAACAGAUAUUAGCACGGCUGUUUGAUUUGAAUUCAGCUAGAGCAACGCGCGCGCUGUUCGGACGCGGAAGAAGCUCCCUAGUUGAAGCGAGACAUACUCGGUCUUGUAAAGGGAAUUUGGAUGGUGGAGAUAGUGAAUACCAGCAAGCUCUAAAGUUGAAGAUAAUACGUAUUCACUGUUUCCGCUGAAGUAGCCUA